AGGCUCGGGCCCGGACACCCUCACCGCCACUGACCCGCGUACCCGCAGCUGCAGCCAGUCUCCGCCCCACGCCAGCGGAUGUGACGCGCUCAGGUUGGGCGCGACGCCCGCUGGGAGUUGUAGUCACGUGGCCCAGUCUGGGAUCGCACUCCCAUUGGGCGUACGACGGUGUCACAAGCGAAUCGUGGGGCGCGAGACUCGGUGGUGCGCGGACGAGGCCGGAGCGGCGGUUGUAAGCGACGGUGCCGGCGGCUUCGGGGAGAGCCGGCUCCUCGAUCGGCGGCACAAGGCAGGCCUCUCCCUCUCCCCCGUCCCUGCCUUGCACACAGGCCGCGGCGUCCUGCACGGAUUUCCGGAAUUGGUGACGAACCCGCGGCACUGAGGGAGCGUGGGGGACGAGGCCUGGAGAGGAGGGACGUGACAGCUCGAUGGAGACGGAGAGCGACGUGGUGAUCGAGCACCAGUAUAUGUGCUCGGAGUGCGGACAGCUGUACAACACGCUGGAGGAGGUGCUGCUGCACCAGCAGAGCCACGGCUGGCUGCACGUGCUGGUGUGCCCCGAGCUGGCCGAGGGGGAGGUCAAGGGGCUGGGCCUGGCACCCGCUGGCGACGAGGCUGAGAGCCGCUUCCAGUGCCUGGAGUGUGGGCAGCUGCUGAACAGCCCCGAGGAGCUGCUGCAGCAUCAGGGGGCACACGCCAAGGAGGCCGUGGUCUGCAGCAGGCUCGACGAGGGCACCGCGGAGAGCCAGGCUGCCCUGGCGGAGAGCACCCACCAUUACGAAUGCUCGGAGUGUCUGCAGAUAUUCCUGAGCUCGGAGGAGGCGCUGGCUCACCAGCGGACCCACAGCGAGGAGCCGUCACCGUGUGGCGGGGAGAGCGUGGAGACGGACGCCCCAGCAGGUGGGGAGGGGCAGCAGGAUCAGCAGCAGUGCCCAGAGUGCGGCCAGGUCCUGAGCAGCGUGCAGGAGCUGUUGCAGCACCAGGCCCUGCACGCCAAGGCUCCUCCCCACCCGGAGCCCCCGCCGACCCCCCUGGAAUGCGCCGAGUGCGGUAAGGCCUUCAGCACAGCCCGGCGGCUGCUGCAGCACGAGCGGAGCCACCUGGGCCAGCCCCACCCCUGCCAGGAGUGCGGCCGCUCCUUCCGCAAGGCCUCUUCCCUGGAGCAGCACCAGCGCGCCCACCGGGGCGAGGUGCUUUACCUGUGCACGGACUGCGGCCGCGGCUUCGGCACCGAGACGGCGCUGGUGCAACACCGGCGGCUGCACACCGAGGACCCCCUGCACCGCUGCGCCCAGUGCGGCAAGGCCUUCCACAACAUGACCAAGUUCCUGUACCACCGGCGCACUCACUCUGCCACCGACAAAGGCACGACGCCGGCCCGGAAGGACGGCCCAGCAGAGGCGCCGGGGGGAGCAGAGCCGGCCGGGGACGGGGCACCGCACCGCUGCGGGCUCUGCGGCGAGGAAUUCGCCGAGCCUGUGCAACUGCUGCGCCACCGGCGCCAGGCGCACGCGGGCCAGCGCCGGCACGCCUGCCCGGUCUGCGGCAAGGCCUUCCGCAAGCCGGUGCACGUCCGCAACCACCUGCGCACCCACACCGGCGAGCGACCCUUCCAGUGCGCCGAGUGCGGCAAGACCUUCACUACGCUAGCCAACCUGGCCCGGCACCACCAGACCCACACUGGUGAACGGCCCCACCGCUGCGACCUUUGCCCCCGCGCCUUCGCCCAGUCCUCCAACCUGCGGCAGCACCGCCGGCUGCACACUGGCGAGCUGCCCCACCGCUGCCCGGACUGCCCGCGGGCCUUUGGCCGCGCCUCCAAGCUCCGGCAGCACCAGCUGCGCCAUGGUGCCCAGCCCGCGCUCCGCUGCGCCGAGUGCGGCCGCGGCUUCGCCCACCGCCGGCGUCUGGAGCUACACCGGCUGCUGCACGCCGGCCAGGAGCCCCACCGCUGCCCAGACUGCGGCCGCCAAUUCGCCGAGCCCUCCAGCCUGGAGGGGCACCAUUGCGCCGCCACUGAGGGUGGCCACACCGGCUCCCUCGAGUGCGAGAGCUGCGGCCGCCUCUGUCGCUCGCCGGCCGCCCUGCAGCUUCACCAGCGGGUGCACACUGGCGAGCGCCCCUUCCGCUGCGGCCAGUGCGGCAAGGCCUUCGCCGGCAGCGGCGGCCUGCGGCUCCACGAGCGUCGACACACCGGCGAGCGGCCCCACCCCUGUCCCGACUGCGGCAAGCGCUUCAGUUCCGCCUCGGCCCUGCUGCUGCACCGGCGGGUGCACACAGGCGAGCGGCCCUUCCGCUGUGCGGACUGCGGCAAGGCCUUCAAGCAGUCCAACCACCUGCGGGAGCACCGGCGCACCCACACCGGCGAGCGGCCCUACCGCUGCGAGACCUGCGGCAAGGCCUUCGUGCAGUCCAUGCACCUGCUCGACCACCGGCGAGUACACACCGGGGAGCGGCCACACCGCUGCCGCCACUGCGGCAAGGCCUUCAAGACCCCCUCCAACCUGCGCAGCCACUGGCGCACCCAUGCCGCCCAGCCGACGCUCUGUGCCGAGCUCGGCGAGACCUUCACUGUCAUCAGGCCUGCCGAUUCCAUCCCCACCACCAUCGUGGGCACCAUCGAAAUCUACUAACCUCAGCCUUGUGGGCUGGAGAGUGGGGGUGGCGGUCAGAGUCAGAGAGUGGAUUCCCUGCUAUCUGUGUGUGUGUGUUUGUCUUUCCUCCUCCCACACUCCCCCUCCCACUCCCCCUCGCGCCUCUCCCUCUCUCAUGUCUGCCGCUCUGUGAUUGUAUGUGCACACCUGUCACUCUUGGCUCAGCAAACAUACCCCAUUCCCCCACUCAGACAUGGAAGGGGAGGGGUGGAGGGAGGGUGUACAUAAAUAUGUAAAUUUUGCAAAGGUUUAUAAGGCAAACAAUGUACAUUUGGGUCUUUUUUUCUGCUGCUUUGGCUGGCGAUGUUUUCAGCCGUCGUGGGGAGUGAUGGAUUGGUUGAUGAUGUUACUUGCGAAAUACAACUGUUACCUGAACUGC